UCUCAUCCUCAAUUCCUCGAGCAAAUGCAAAUUCUCUUAUCCUUUUAUUUAUCCCUUUCUGCCAUUCCAUCUUCCUCCUUCCCUCCCCCCCUCUCUCUCAAACACAUACUAGUGUUUGCAGUGACUUCUCCUAGUUCUUGGUAUCAAUGUUCUCUUGUUUACGCUGACUACAUACAAUCUUUAAGCAAAUAGUCCGCUUCAUUGACCGAUAAUCUAUACAAAGCUCUUUGCUGGAAAAUAAAGGGAAUGAUUCUAUAGAAAAAAGGCUGUAUUCAUGAAAUGUAUGGGAAGUUCGAAACUACAGAAGUAAGCAUAUGUAUGUGAUUGAGUGUAUUCGAGAACGAUGUCUUGUCUGUUGCCACAAUUCAAGUGCUCGCCGGACACUUUUGCUGUUAACUUCAAGUCCCAGAGCCAUACUUCUGUCUACUCCUCAAAAAGUAGAGAGGCCACCAGUUUCCGGACACAAUGUAUCUUGUCUACCACACCACCACCGACAUUGACAGCAACAACUACAGUACUUGACUUUGAGAAGUUACAAUUAUCAUCACUAGAAGCUAUUCCUAAUCAAGUACCUGCUGAUAGAUCAUGGUCAACACCAACAUCAUCAGCAAAAACUGCAAUGCUUGACUUGGAGGGAUUACCUUCUUUAGAUGCUCAUCCAAUUACAACUGCUGCAAACAAACCAUGGACAUAUGUUGGAGCAAUUGCCCCCCCUUCCGAGGUAACUCUUGGAGCAAAUUUAGAUACAGAGACUCUUCUUACAAGUGAAGAAGCUGUUAUUGCUGCUGCUGCAUCUGAAGCACUUGCUUUAGCUAAAGCAGCAGUAAAGGUAGCAAAAGAUGCCGCCAUGAUGGUCAGCCAUCAUAAACCCACAAAAUCUAAUAGCAGUGCUACAGGGAUGUUUGCUGACGUCAAUACUCCAAUAUUUGAGAAGAAUCAGCUUGCUCAUCUUGCGGAAAGAGUCGAUAUUAGAGAUGCUAAAGUUGCAGAAGUUGGGUUGGGCGAAAAUUAUCCAGCUGCUCACUCGCUUACAGAAUCUGAUGAUGUGGAGCCUAGUGCUGAGGAACUUGAAUUUCUCGAAGCACAACUCUCCAAGAGUAUAGCUGUCAGAUCAAAGCGUCAAACUGAGCGCAGGGCCAGAAGAACUCGAGCUGCAGAGAAGGCGGCAGCCAACAUUGUGUCUGUGAAAUCUGGUUCGUCAAGCCGAAAAAAGCGCUCUGCUGUCCAGGAUGUAGAUUAUUCAGACCCUCUGCGUUACUUAAGAGGGACUACAAGUUCUUCUAGGCUUCUCACUGCUUCCGAGGAGCAGGUGUUAUCAAGCGGAAUUCAGGUCCUUCUGAAGUUGGAAAGACUUCAGAUGGAGCUUACACAACGCUAUGGUGGUCAGCCUACCUUUGCCCAGUGGGCCGCAGCUGCUGGUGUUGAUCAGAAAACCUUGAGGAAGCAAAUAAAUUAUGGUAUUCUCUGCAAAGAUAAAAUGAUUAAGAGCAACAUCCGCUUAGUUAUUUCUAUUGCAAAAAAUUACCAGGGAGCUGGAAUGAAUCUUCAAGAUUUGGUUCAGGAAGGAUGCCGAGGCCUUGUAAGAGGUGCAGAGAAAUUUGAUGCUACAAAAGGUUUCAAGUUCUCCACCUAUGCUCACUGGUGGAUUAAGCAAGCAGUGCGCAAAUCUCUUUCUGACCAGUCCAGGACAAUCAGACUACCUUUCCACAUGGUUGAGGCGACUUAUAGAGUGAAGGAGGCAAGAAAGCAAUUGUAUAGUGAAAAUGGUAGACAUCCCGAUGAUGAAGAAGUCGCUGAAGCGACAGGGCUCUCAAUGAAAAGGCUGUCUGCCGUCAUGUUGACCCCCAAAGCUCCAAGAUCCCUCGACCAGAAAAUCGGGAUUAACCAGGACCUCAAACCUUCCGAUGUGAUUGCCGAUCCUGAAGCAGAAACGGCAGAGGACCUGCUGAUCAAGCAGUUCAUGAAACAGGAUUUGGCAAAGGUCCUAGACAGCCUAAAUCCAAGAGAAAAGCAAGUCGUAAUAUGGAGAUUUGGCCUAGAGGACGGUAGAAUGAAGACAUUGCAAGAAAUCGGGGAGCUUAUGGGUGUGAGCAGAGAAAGGAUCAGACAGAUAGAAUCUUGCGCUUUCCGUAAGCUGAAGAACAAAAAGAGAACCAAGCACUUGCAACAAUAUGUAAUGCCGUAACCCCCCACACCCAACCACCCCACCCCACGUUUCACUGAUUUAGUCCGGUAGAAGAAUCACCUUCAUUCUUGAGGCUCGUCGUCGUCUGGUUAAUGCUAGAGAAUCACGCAAUUUCCAUUUUUCUCUCUUUCCAGCAAUAACAUUGUACUAUCAUGUGAAGAAUAGUUGAGAUCUUAUGUGAAUAUCACAUUUUUGUAUUAUUACAGACAUACAAGGUUCUUUUGGAUCAAAUGAAGGAAAAUCUAUUCUUGCAUGUA